AUGCCCGCCCUCACACCCAUCGCGGCCCUCCCAAAAUUCGUCUCCCUCGACGAGCACAAAGUCCUCGUCUCCACCACGCCCGCCUCCUUCUCCGACAUCCCGCCCAUCCUGCGCCACAAACAGGAGCACGUCAGGCUCGCGCUACACCCGCCCCUCGACGCCUUCCCUGCGUCCGAGUGCGCGAGCGGGACGCUGUACGUGAUCGAAAGUGUCCUGGUGUUCAUGUCAGCAAAUGGCCGCGGCGUACAAAUCGAAUACCCGUCCAUAACACUGCACGCCAUCUCCCGCUCAGACGACGCGCCCUCAAUAUACUGCCAGCUCGACGAUGCCGUUCCAUCUUCCACCGUCGCAAACGCAGACACUAAAGACCAAGACGACGACCUGACCGAGAUGAGGGAAAUGAACAUCAUCCCCUCCGCUGCCGUUUCCUUGGAACCGAUCUUCGAAGCCCUCUCCCUCUGCGCCUCCCUCCACCCCGACCCCCGCGACUCCGAAGACGACGCCAUGGACGCCGACGCCGACGACGCCUUCGUCGCACCCGGCGACUCGCCCUUCGAGACCUUCACCGGCGACGCGGACCAGGAGCUCAGCGAAGUGGGGAGGGCUGCGCUCGAGCAUCUCGAGUCGAUCAUUGAUUACGGAGGACACGCGCCGCCCGCUAAUGCUGAUGCUGACACGGAAGAAAAAGUAAAAGAAAAAGAGGGAGAAGCAAAGGUAACAACACAAGAGGGUUGA